AUGUCCAUUGUCACCAUAAAAAACGUCGAAUUCUUAAAUAACCCUGCACGCUUCACAGACCCCUACCGCUUCCGUGUACUUUUCGAAUGCAUCGCGCCUCUGCCCGACGACCUUGAAUGGCGACUCAUAUACGUCUCCUCACCAGGAAACGAAGAGCUCGACCAAGAACUUGACUCCUGCCUCGUUGGACCUGUUCCAGUCGGCACUAACUCCUUCGACUUUGAGAGCCCUGCACCUGAUUUUCGACGUAUACCACCCGAAGACCUCCUUGGAGUUGCAGCACUCAUAUUAACAGGAAGCUACAACGACCAGGAGUUUGUCAGAGUAGGAUACUACCAAAAUACGGAGUACGACGAUGAACUACUUCGAGAGAAUCCCCCUGCUCAGGUAAUGGUCGAUCGAUUAACAAGGGACGUGAACGCGAAGCCUCGAGUGACACGAUUUCAGAUCAAGUGGGACGUAUCUCCGAUGCAGAAUACCCAGGUAGCAGUUGGCGCAGCUCAAUCUGCUGCAGUACCGUCUGCGAAUGACUUAGUCGAUGACGAACCAAUGGACGUGCAACCAACGGGCGUACCAGUCGCAUGACACCCUUUUAACCUUGGAUUGUACUCAUUCUUCUCAAUCUCUGUAUUUACGUAUGGUCUAUGAAUUUAUAUUAUGUAUACAAUAGAGGGCGUUUACUGUCAUCAUGUCCUCUGGAGGCCAUUUAUAUCCUUAUUACCUGCUCAUGCUUACAAGCAAUGACCCACAUACGAUUUUGGGUUCCAAGGAAGUAUCACGAAUAGAUAAGGACAUGGAGGCUGUAUUUACAUAACCAGUUGAAAUGUGACGUCA